AUGAAAAUUUCCAACAAACGGACAAGAAGCCAAUCCAGUCUUAGACCUUCAAAAAUCCCACUUUAUAGACCAGUUUCCCAUCAAAUGAGUAGGGAGGUUGAAAAUGUUAUAAAAGAUUUAGAAAAAGAACACCGAGAAUCACAUUAUCUUGAUGAAGAAAUUGAGAUUUCCCGAUCAAAAAGCCAAACACAAAGAUCGUUAUGUAAAACCUAUGCAAGCUGAGAAACCAAUAAUGACUUACUCAAGAUAAAAAUAUCGGUUCUAGAAAAAGAACUAAUAAAAGAGCAAAAUCGACUUAAUGAAACAAUUUUGGAAAAUAGUGAGUUACGUGAAAAAAUUAGUAGCAAAAGAAAAAUUCAGCAAAACUCAAAAAGAGCUAUAAAUGAGCUUGAAAAACAAUUAAAAACAUACAACAACCCGACAGAAAAUAACGCUAAUCUUGAUGGCAUAGAUUUUUUUCAGAAAAGACAAGUUAACUUAUUACGGUGCAAAACAGCACGGCCUAAAAGCAUGAUUUUUGAAAAAUCAAAAACACUAGAGCUUACAGAAAGAACUCUUCCCUCGAGUAAAAUUUCUUCGACAAAAGGAGAAAAUGAAUUAUACAAAGUCAGUAGGCCUUAUGAGUCAAUUAGAAUUGUAAAUUUACUAGCUCCCUAUGUGAACGAACAAAAAUUUUUUUUCUGAAUUUUUUUAAAAAAAAAUUUAUAGUAAAAUAUAUUUUUUAAAAAUUCCCAACGAUUUCGUUCGUUCACGGAGGGAGAAGUAAAGAAAGAUGAUAGAGAAUCGACGGAUAUUAUUGAAAGAAAAACAAGCUGUCCUAGAUAAAUACACAUCACAUGUAAAUUAUUUAGAAGACGCUUUUGAAAAAAUAAAAAAUGCAACAGGGAUGGUUAGUGUUGAGGAAAUAGCUGCUGCUUUUAUUAGAAGUGAAAGCCAAAGAUCUUACUUACUUAAUAAUCUGGUGUUUUAAGGUGUCUAGUGUCAGCACCCCUAAUAAAAAGGGUCAAAGCGAAACUAGUGACGUCACCGAGCCAUCUUGGAUUAACGUAGUCAGCCCACGCCCAAGCCUUCUAUCAAAGCUUCGCUGCCAGCCUUUGCCGCACUUCUCACCUGGCGCGUUGCCGAUGCCUCGUCUUGACUCAGCUCCUGCGCGUGUUCCACCUAAGGGUCAUCUUCCCCGCGGAGAUUUGCUGAGGGUAAAACUCUGAGCCUCUUGAAUGCACUGAGGAGCUGCUCCUUUGGUUAUCCCCAAAGUUAAACAGCUAAUGCUUUGCAGAAGUUCUUGAUGGAAGCCAACCCCAUAAAUAAAAUUCCAUGAGGGAGAAUGCCAUUUUAUUUAUGGAAGCCAAAGAUCACACAUGCAUACUUAUUUUAAUGAUCUAACAAUAGAAAUAGAAGAGCUCGAAAAAAGCUUUGUCACAAUCUCAAAUUCUAUAAACGAUUUAAAGCUUCUAAACUGUAAAGGAGAAACCCUUGCCAUGAGUUCCAAAAAUGAAAUUUUGGAAAAAGCCAAACAAACUCAGAGUAAAAAUACGAAAGCACUUAAAGAGUUAAACCAAAUUGAAGCAAGCUUUAGAGUUUUAGGCUCCGACAUUAAUAGGAUUUUAAAGCUGUGUGAAGGCUUAGUAGAAAAUACUGAAUGAGAUAUAAAGCUUGAGGAAUUUUCAUUUAUGAAAGAAGACUAUAUUAGAAAUGUACUAGGAAAAGUAGAAGAGCUUAUUCAUUUUAUGGUUUAUUUGACUGUAUAUUAGGAUUAAUUUUCUAAUGUAGAAUUAUUUUUUAAAAAAAAUACCAAAGCAUAUUCUAUCUAAUAUAGACUAUCUCAAGUAGCCAAAAACAAACCUCAACAUGAGAAUUCGCAACCCAAAUUACACAAAACCGCAAAGAAAUGAAAAACUUAAAAGAAUUUUUAGAAGAAAAAGAUAUUUCCAAUGACUCUAAAGUUGAUACUUUAAAAGGGCCGGCUUCCGUUUUCGAAUUAAGAGCGCUUACAGAGAUGAUGCUCACGAGAAAGAAAUACAGAUAA